GAGUGCAUGAACUGUGCAGUUGCACCAGCCACAGUCCCACGGUCGACACCUGCCUUUCCUGGAAUUUACCGCCACUUUGGCCACGAGUUGGGCCAAACCAAGGCCAAACUUGAGCUCGAAGGUGGCGCGAGUCUAGCCUGCCAACUCACGACUGUCCCCUUGAACUCUGAUACGGACUCGCUUUGCAAAUGCUUGGGAUCUUCGUGAGGAUGAGAACUGCUCGAACCUACAGCGACUACAGCAGCUGCCAGGGACACUGGUCGUCUAUGGUGUUCCCUGCGUCAUGGGAGGGCGUCUGCCGCGCGAUCAAUAAAAAGAUGUGGCCCUUGAAGCUCCCCUUGUUCAUUUUCGCUGAGCUUCUCUUCUGGCCUAUAAGAUCCGCCUGGUUUUGUCUCCUCCCCGGGCAUCCCGCUUUCUCGAUCGCUCCUCGGACUCUCUGCUCUUGCUGCUACCAUGUCUGCGAUGUCUCAAUCGUAUCCUCCAGGCCAGACCGCCCGCGACCUGCUCUACCUCUUCCCGCACGUCGAGGAUGACACGAUGUCGUCCAUCCUCAACCACUCUCUCCCAGGUGGCGAUCUCUACAAGCUAGACUCACGACGCAUCCUCGAAGCGCAGUGGGACCUCAUCGACGCCUCUCUGGACGACAGCGCAUCGCCACACGCGCUGCGCUCCGCCCCGCACGCCGUCGACGUCUACCCCACGCUCGACGCGCUGCUCGUCCCGCUCAACGCGUACUUCUCCGUGCUCACCCUGCACGGGCUCGCGCGCGGCCAGCCAACGAUGCUCCCCUACUACUUCUUCCGCUACAGCAGCCACCUCGUCAAGAUCGCGACGCAGUACGAGUGGCCCGCCGUGCUCCGGUACCACCUCGCGUUCUACGUGCGGCGGUGUAAGGAGAUGCGCGUGGGCGAGUACGCGGGAUGGGGCAAGGUCGAGGUGGACCUGAUGGAGCAGUUCCUCGUGCCACACCAGAAGAAUGUCAAGGUCGUGUGUCCUUGCGGUGCCCCUCGAUCGCGAUGUACUAGGUACUGAUGCAAUGCAUUCUGCUAUUAGUCUCGAAAAAAUGGCUGGACGAAGUGAAAUGUGGCGGCGAUCGCGUGCGUGGAUGUGCGGACUAAGACUACAAAUG